AUGAAUAUAAUCAAAACAUACUCAAGUAUCACCAAUAAGUGGGUUUUAAAGGUUAAAAAAUUAUGAAACAAGUUAUUUCAACUUAAAUUAAUCACUCUUGUUGGCCCGGAUGUUAGCUCGCAGGGGUCUUAGUAUGGGAGGACUGAGAACCUGGAGAAAACCCACGUGGUUGGGCAGGUAACCCCAUACCUUUUCACGUCCGAUCGGGGAAUUGAACCCUGACGGCCUUGGUGAAAGGCAAGUGGCUACCCACUGUGCCAACCAACCACCCAAGGUUUAAAUGGAAUGAUAUGCCGACAAACCAGGACUUCACUCUGUCAAUACGAGUAGGGGGGACCACCCUGCCGGAAUACCAUAAAUAUGAGGUCUGUUAUAUCGAGAGCAACUUGUUUACGCCAUUCAGCUACCAGCAGGAGUAUUCCGAGAUCAUCCAGGGUGAAAACGAAACACAGAAAUGGCCAGUGACGCCAUUUGUGAUUGCUAUUCAGGGAAAAACCACAGUUCCCCAAUCAUACUACCGUGUGUUUGUGGACGGUCAGCUGGUCAAGAAGAUGAGCAUUCCCCAAGGAAAGACAAGGCUUGUGAAAGGUUUCCGGGAUGGAAAUAAUUGUGUGGAGUUCCUGUUUUCCCUGCCGAGGUUCUGUAGGGGAGAGGAUGACAAGCUGACAACAGACAAGGUGUCGCGGGUCGGUCUUAUCGAGGUGGAGUGCUACCGGGCAGUAAAGAUGGGGUCAUUUGUGACGAGGAGAAAGAAGGAUCUACUGUUUGACCAGGCAAACAAGAAGGACUGUCUUGGUGUCACGCAAGGGCAAUACCUGAUGGCGACCACCAAGGCAGGGAAGGUCUUAAAGAAGCGGUCAACAAACAAGAUGACGGACCACUGGGAUGUGGGCAGCAUGCGGAGUCGACAAAGUGUGAAGUAUGUGACCUCACAGACACUUGUUGAUCUUGGAGUUUCUGUCCUCCCCAUCCCCUUCCCCACAAAGUCCAGGCCAGUCUUAUGCAGCAGCACAGAAACCAUCACUAAACAGGAAGCUACUACUAUAGACAUAAAGCAGGAAAUAAUUCAGGGUUCUUCAGUCCAGCAUUCAGGCAUCAAAUUUCUUGUAUGAAUGAAUAGAUACGAAACUGCAUUUGAAACACUUUUUUUUUCACCAAAUCAAUUUUCUGUUUUGUCAUUUGACACAACGACUUUUUGACAUUAAAUUUUCAGUUAACGUUUCACUAUAUAUGUCAUCAGGCAUUGUUUGAUGGAAACGUCCUUUUGAUGUUCAUUUGCCCUGAAGCUUUGUUUACCUUCAUCAUCCAUCACGCUUUGUUUACCUUCAUCAUCCAUCACGCUUUGUUUACCUUCAUCAUCCAUCAAGCUUUGUUUACCAUCAUCAUCCAUCACGCUUUGUUUGAUGGAAACUUUCAUUUGACAUCAUAUUUUGCGUUAUUUAAACCUUCAUUUAUUAUCAAGCUGUUUUUGAAAAACAAAACAAAAUCUAGUCUGUAUCUUUUUUUUUCAUUAUUGUUUUUAAUGUGUUCGUAUAGAAUUGUUCCAAGUUGUAGUUAACCCUGUGCUGAUAUGUGUUGUUAAGUAUGUUUUGUUGGUAAGUGUGGUUAGAUGUGUGCUGAUGAUCAUGACUGUAAGGAAACAGAUGAUGUUUGUUUGUAGAGGAAAUGUUGUGACACAGACAUGUCAGGACACUGUUUAUAUCUCUAAUUACAUUGUAUAUUACGUGAAAGUGUUCACAGUGCUCAGAAUUGUAAAGUUUUGUAUAAAAUUAUUUUUUUGCUUAAUGUUUACACCAUCAAAAGUAAUUUGGUCAUAUUCUCUGCAUGUUUAUAAAGUUCAAUAAAUAUUUAAUUAA